GCCGGCCGCGCUGACGGGGAGGGACGCGAGGAGGCUGGAGAGCAGGCAGCCUCCCGGCAGCCAGAGGCAGCCAGGCGGGCGGGCAAGCGAGCGGCUCGGCACCUGUGGCGGCCAGGCUGAGCCGAGUUUGUUAGGCAAGUCGCUGGCUGAGGGAUGCCGCCGCCCGGGCAGGAGCGGCCGACGCUUGGGGCGCGCUGCAGGACCCUCUACCCCUUCUCCGGGGAGCGGCACCGGCACGGGCUGCGCUUCGCCGCGGGGGAGUUGCUCACCGUCCUGCAGGCGGGGCCGGACGGCGGCUGGUGGGAAGGGGAGACCGCCGAAGGACUCCGCGGCUGGUUCCCGGCCAGCUACGUCCAGUUGCUCGAGAAACCUAGGAAGGUCAUUCCUCAGGCAGGAGAAGACUCUCAGAAUGGCCAUCUCCCACCCGGCUGGCAGAGUUAUAUGUCUCCUCAGGGCCGUAGGUACUAUGUGAACACCUUUACCAAUGAGACUACUUGGGACCGGCCAAGCAGUGUGCCUGGGACCCCAAAGAGCCCUGUGACACAGAAGAACUCCUUGCCUACAGUGAAUGGAUAUCAUAUACCAGGAACACUAGUAUCCCAGUUAGAACCAAACCACAUGAGUCUUCGGAAAGUCAGCGGUGACCCCCAGAGUCCUGGGUCCCCAUCACCUACUCGAAAGCAGAACAAGGAGACCACCUUCACGAUAAACUGUGUGACUUUCCCCCACCCUGACGCAAUGCCAGAACAGCAGUUGCUGAAACCUUCUGAAUGGAGCUACUGCGAUUAUUUCUGGACUGAUAAGAAGGAUCCUCAGGGGAACAGUACGGUCACAGGCUUUGAAAUUCUUCUUCAGAAACAACUGAAAGGGAAGCAGAUGCAGAAAGAAAUGGCAGAAUUUAUUCGGGAAAGAAUAAAGAUUGAAGAAGAGUAUGCAAAGAACCUGUCCAAAUUAUCACAAAACUCCCUGGCUGCCCAAGAAGAAGGGACGCUUGGAGAAGCUUGGUCUCAGCUGAAGAAGAGCCUGACUGAUGAGGCAGAGGUUCACCUCAAGUUUUCCUCCAAGCUCCAAACUGAAGUGGAGAAACCUUUGCUCAAUUUCCGUGAAAACUUCAAGAAAGACAUGAAGAAAUAUGACCAUCACAUUGCUGAUUUGCGGAAACAGUUGGUCAGUCGAUAUGCAGCAGUAGAAAAGGCCCGAAAAGCAUUAACAGAGAGGCAAAAGGAUUUAGAGAUGAAAACGCAGCAGUUGGAGAUAAAACUCACUAACAAGACAGAAGAGGAAAUUAAGAAGGCCAGGCGGAAGUCUACUCAAGCUGGAGACGACCUAAUGCGCUGUGUGGAUCUUUAUAAUCAAGCUCAGUCAAAGUGGUUUGAAGAAAUGGUAACCACUUCUCUGGAGCUUGAGAGGCUAGAGGUGGAGAGAGUGGAGAUGAUUCGACAGCACCUUUGCCAGUAUACACAGUUGCGGCACGAGACAGACAUGUUCAACCAAAGCACAGUAGAGCCCGUGGACCAGUUGCUUCAGAAAGUGGAUCCAGCCAAAGACAGGGAACUGUGGGUAAAAGAACACAAAACCGGCGAUAUCAGACCUGUGGAUAUGGAGAUAUAGACUGCUGUUAGUGUCUGUAAGUGGCAGACUCCUUGGCCCAGCCAAGGUCAAGGGAAUGCUGUUAAGCCUCAGGAGGAGGGACAAGAAAGAAGUUCUGCUAUCGGCUUCCUUAUAUAUUUAUUAUUGCCUGUAGGGACUAUUUCUGUCAUGUUUGAUCAUUAUUUCAUUUCCUAUUGUGCUAUGCCUUAAACAUCAAGCAUUCCAGAGCCACUCUUGACUUCCUUUCUAAAUGGGCUGCCAGCAGCCAAGCACGUGCAGCUCUCACGAUGAACUGUGGGGCCUGUUUUCUGGUACAAAGAGAGUUUUGCUAUUCUGUGAUUAACUAUUUUGUGCUACUUCCCUUGCAUGAUGCUGUGUUUGUAUAGUAAUGUUAAACACAACAAGCCUCUGCCAAACAAAUGGACUGGUGGAUCUGAACAUGACUUGGGAAAGUGAGAGAUCCUCCUGAACAUUGCUACUUAAUUAGAUGGAAGUGAGGAGAGUGUUAUGAAAAUCACGUCUUCUCUCUGCCCAUGCUUUAUAAAAUGGCGUUCAUAAUGUUUACCUACCUCACAGGGGUGUUGUGAGGAUAACAUAAGACAUGUACUAUAUGUCAGAACAACAACCACAUGGCUCCCAUUACUGAAAAUGCUGUCAGAAGGCUAUAGUGAAAUGUUUACUUUUUCUGUAAAACAGGAAAUAAGGUAAUGCGUCAGGAGACACUAUACCCCCAGGAUGCCCAUUUGGGUUCAUCCUUUUUUAUACUCCCUCUCAGGUACUCCUUGGCUUCACUGCUUCAGCCACUUUCUCUUACAGACUUCCCUGGACAACUGCUUCUGAGAAAGUGAUCUGAGAAUUGUAAUCAUUAUGCCCUCUGGUAGAAAAGGAUGCCUUCUCUUAAAUAGGUUAAGGCCAUGCUAGCUAGGACCCUGAUUUUGUACAGCAGGUAUUCAAAGAACCUUUGAAUGCUUCUCCUGGAAAACUUGCCAAAUCAAACUGAUAAAAGCAUAACCUGAUGUUUACUUUCCACCAAAUGACUUACACUAUCCCUGCAGUAGAGGGCAGGACAGUAGGGAGUUGAAGAGCCUUUGGCUCUUCUGCUCCCAUACUGUAGCAACCAUAUUUGACGAUGAUGGAAACGCCCUUUCAUUUUGCAACUUCACUGAGCUCAGUGGAUGUAAGAUUAUCUCACAAGACUAAAUUUCAUGCAAGUCUCAAUGUCGGGUAAUGAUUUUUUAAAAAAAUCACCACAUAGUGAGUUAGAUUGUGGGAAUCCAGCCAAAGAUGUGUUAUAAAGCUAGAUAUAUUCUGAGAUGCAACUGUUUUACUGAAUUAUGAUGGGCCUUCAAAGCCUUACCCAAUGGAUUGUGAGCUCCCAGAUGCUGAGAACCAAUGGAGGAAAACCAUUGUUAGUCUCCCGUUUUUGUCCUCAUCUUGCUUUUCUAUUUAUAUAAAUCAAAUAUUUGUGUGGUGUUAUCAGAUCUCCUUUCAUUCUUUGUACUGCCAAGUGUCUUGUUAGAUCAGCUGUCAUAUGCAUAUGUGAAGAAGCCCUUUAUUUCUUGAAUUUUCUGAAUUCUUUCUCUAAAACAUAUUUGUCAGUACUAUGGCCAGUUUUCUUAUCAUUGCCACCUAUGGUCAUAAACCUUUCCAGUUUAUGUAAAAGUAAUGAUUUUGGCUUAAUUUUCAAAUGAAGAGUAGUAUUACAGAUAACCUGAGCUUCUUGAACUCAAGAAGGUUUUGUUCUUUGUUUUGCUUGGGUUCCUUGAUACUUGCAGUUUUCAGUGUGGAGGAAGCUGUCAGACAAUCUGUUCCAAUUACAUUUGCUUUACAUCAUUUGAUUAUUUUUACCUACCCUUUGCUUUACUACCAAUAAAAUAUCCCUUUUUCACAUCCAGUGUAACUUCUGGUUUAUGAUGGGAAACAUAUUUUAUCUUUUCCCCAAGAAGCUGACCAUCAAGGCUGAAAAAAAAAAUUAUCCUGUUGGUAUGUAUGGGAAUUUGAGGCUUGGACAAACACCAGCAUUAAGAUUUUCAAGGCAGCUGUUCCAUUCUUUUUCCUGUUUUGAAACCAGAGCCACAUUUCUAUCUUCUGGGCAUCCUUUCCUCCAGCUUCCUAGUCUCCAGAGCAUCUUUCAGUUGCUUCCCUUUGAUUUCAAGGCCUUUCCUGGCUUUCUUGCUUGUCUCCAUUUAGCAGUUUUUCCCUGGAUAAUGUUGGAUUCGCUUCCUAGUUCAUUUUCCUUCAGAAGUUUUCACAAGUCUGUCAGUGUAAAUGAUACUGCCCAUGCAAAUUGCCAAAUAUAUUACAUCUUCUCCUCCAGAAUGUAUAUUGUAGAGCUCUGUGUCUUAUCUGUACAUUUAUUGAGCUGCAUCGAACUAGCUUUGCUGUCCUAUAUCUGCUGACUGCUACCAAAUACAGAUUGCCUUCUUGUACAUCACUUAUGUACAUCCCUUGUCAUUAGCUUCUCUGUUAUUGGUACAUUCUCGCUUUCUCUUUCACUGUGAGCUCCAGAAGCUGGGAGUAUUAGUCUUAUCACCGUAUCUUCUGGUCGUUUUCACUUGGAUGAACCAUCUGGUUAAAAAUAAGUUCCCCAAAACAUUCAGGAUUGCAGGCUAAUUAUUAAUUUCAGACUGUCUUCUUAUGACAAUCUCAGAUCUAUAAAUUAUUCUACAAUCCUAUCUGAAUAGUUUCUUACUAUCUAAAUCAACCUUUCUGCUACAUUCCUUUGUGAUUUUUUUUUAAAUUGCUGUUUGUUUUGUGGGGCAUUUCCUUGUAUGAUCUUCUCUGGAUUUGUACAGCACGGAAAUAAAGGGAGAUCUUUCUCCUUCCUACAUUUAUAUAUUGAAUAGCAUUUGUUCUCCUGAUAAAGAUAAAUGUUGUCUCAAAACACAUUGGGAAGUGCACAAAGCAUCUAUAUGCACUCAUUUCAUCUUUGUUUGGAGUUGGUGCAGCCCUUUUGCACUUAUUAAAAUAUUUGUUUAGCACCAGCCACUUCGGAAACUUAACCAAUCUUUUAAUUUGUAUUACUGUUUCCGUCAGAUUCAUACCAUUAACACUACCUUCUAUCCUGUUUUUGUUUCUUUCAUGAUACUGUAAGAAUGGAAGAAUCUUUUAGUAUGGUAGAAUCUUUGCUACCGCCUGCCCCCUUCCGCCACCACUGAGGGACUGUUUUCUCUGCUUUUCCUAUGAAGAGUAGCUAUGCAUAGGUGGCUUCAGGCAGUACAGAUGACCAGCAGAAAGGCGGGGUGGUGUUGGAGUUUAACCCUUUCCUUUCUGGUCCCUGUCACCCUACCAUCUUUUUCUGCCAGACAAAAAAGAUAUGGGUCUCCAUGUUUCUAACCACUUGUGGCUUAUGCAUCUGGGAAGCUGCAGUUUUGAGUGGUCAGAUGGCUGACAAGGAAAGAAUUGAACAACCCCUUUGCUAGCCAUCUUGAUGAAAGAAGGCUCUUGGGGAAUACACAAAAGGUAUAUUUCCACCCCUACUUGUUUUACUUGUACCUACAUCUUCCACAUUUUUGUUCUCAGGAACUUUCCACUGUCAUCUUGAUGUGUUGCUUUGAUUUUGUGUUUUGGUCUAGUAAGGUGUCUACCUAACUUUAUUUGGCUCAGAAACUCUGAAUGAAAGAGCUGGACAAAUAGAAACCAGGAGACUCAGCACACCUACCCUGUGUUGCUCUUGUUCUUUAUUUGAAGUUCAAAAUCCCAUUGCACCCCGCCAACUUCUCUGCCCCUUAAACCCCUGUGUCAUUUCAGUGCAUUUGUCGUUUGAUAUUCCUGCUUUGCAAUUGCUUUCUUAAAAAGAAGAAAGCUUAAAAUUGCUUGAAUUUUUUGAUGAUGGCAUUUGUGAUAUUAUUUACAAUGAUGGGAUGAUGUGCAAGUGUUGCUCAUGUUCUUUGCGUCAAGAGAAUUCUUAUAUCAGUUUAUAUUUAACUUGGAUUUUCAUUAGAUUAGGCAGAUACUAAUGGCUGGGCUUUGUCAAAUCUGGUUUCUAGUCACUUAAUAUCUCUGUCAUUUUACACAGUACCUGUUGCUGCAAUACCUUGAACAUUUGAAAGCAAUCUUGAUGGAUGUAUUUGCACUUUCCAAUUAUGCAAAGAAUAGUCUUGUUGCUUGGUAGAGAUUUCUUUAUCUCUCCAGUUUCUGUUCUGAGAAAAGCUGUGUUGCAGGAGUGACUUAUUAACAGAAAAUUCCUAAAUACAUUCUGAUGACUUAAAAUAACUGUUGGAUGUUUGACAGAGUGGUAAUUGAAACUCUGGUUGUAUAAAAACAAAAAUCCAUGUUGGCCAGUGGGUGAAUGAAAAUAUAGAUUAAUGCUUUUCACAUAGUGCUUGUACCAUAUAGCCAGAAUGCUUGCCUUUGAUUUGGCUCAUCUUCCGGGCUCUACCUUGACCCUCUGCCUGGUUUCCAUUGUUCCACCUCUGUUGACUUGUGUAUGCUCAGCUCAUUCAUAGUGUAGUGUCUUGUGGUGAAAUGUGGUAUGUCAAGGGCAUCUCCUGAUUCUUUCAACAGUAAGCAGCAAUUCAAGUAUCCCCAUAGUCUAUGCGCCAGUUUGUUUGUACAUCAUUUUCCUGGUUUCUCUUUACACAGGUUAUAUGGGAAACUGCCUUAUAUUGAGUCACACCAUUAGUCAGUCUAGCUCAGUAUAGUAUUGUUUGUGCUGACUGGCAGCAGCUGUCCAGGGCUUGCAAAGUACUCUCUGCUUUGAGUUUGGCAACAUCAACUACUUACUGAGAUGCUUUCACACCAUGGUUUGCUUUAUAAAAACUUAAAGACGCCACCCCCUUUGGUUUACACAGUGCCUUUCUGGUGCCUGCCACACAUCUUUUCUGCUUUGACAUUAACUGUGUUACAGCUUCCCAUUCCCCCACCUCCUCAUUGCAGACUGAGCAGUGUUUGAAGCUAGGGUGUGCCACUUCCAGGCUGGUGUGCUCAAAGAGAGCCAAGGGCCAGUCGCAACAAGUAGUAUCGGCCAGCAAACCUAUUGGUGUGAUUUUCAACCUCAAACCUUGUGCCUAGUUCCUAACAUAGCCAUUGCCCUCUCACUGAAUAUUCUCUAAACCAGGGAUUCUCAGCGUUGGGUCCCCAGAUGUUAUUGGACUUCAGCUCCCAUAAUUCCCAGUCAAAGGCCACUGGGCCUUGGAAUUAUGGGAGUUGAAGUCGAAUAACAUCUGGGGACCCAACGUUGAGAAUCCCUGCUCUAAAUUAUACAGAUGAAUGAUGGAAAUGUGUUUAUAUGUAAGAUUUUAGCUUGGUUCCUGAAGACCUUAAGGGAUGUCUAUUUAAGUCACAUCCAAUUACUUACUCCCUAUCUCAGAUGUCUAUUUGAGUAAUAGCAAAAUGUGUCUUGUGCUUGGCAAUGGGCAUCCCCUCCCCUUCCUGCCCAUCUUGCCUGUCUAAAAUCUUUACAUCCAUGUUUGUGCAGGGGGCACUCAAGCUGGCCUAAGGAUAUCGUGUAGUAAGCUAUUGCCCUGGACUAUUAAUUAAAGGCUGCCAUUGGAUUAACUAGCUUCAUAAACUAGUCCCCGCAGGCCAUUGAUAUCAUCGCCUGUGUUCAAGCUAGGUCAUUGUAGUUAGUGCCACUGUGCAAUCCUUAUGCUUAAUCUUGUGAGCUAUUAAGAUUGUUAUCUUGCUCAUUUGAUCCAAGUACAAUUGUAGAGUUAGGCAACUGAAGAUUUGGUAUAACCUGUGUCGUGGUGGUGGUGAACUCUUAACUCUGUUCCCUUGUGUGCAUAUAGCUCUUAAUGACAUUCCUGCCUGUUGUUGUCUUAGAAAACCAAGGUACAGUUGUGAGUAGAUCUGGGCUGACUUAAGGCUGCAUGAUUAAUUGUGCAUUUGGAGUGGGAAGGCUCAAGAGUUGUGACUUUGAUUUUAUUCUAAAACAUUUAGGUUUCUUAAAAUUAUUUUUCUAGGUAAACAUCAAUAAACUGAAACACAUAGUCUUCUGUGCCAGACAUCCCUGUGUAACUAGCUGCUGCAGUGUUUCAUUUAAAAAACAAAACCCCUUUCUGUUUUUCCUUUUGGGACACCUUUCUUGAAGUCUGCAUUGGCCUGCCUUGACUUUAUUCAAAAACAUGCCCACAUUGUCUUGCCGCCUGUUCAUUUUCUUGAACAGUUUUACUACAGCAGCUAGAUCUGCUCUUUUAGAGGCUGAUAAAACAUUCACUAUUUUUGUAAACGAAAGGUUUUCCAAAUCAGGCCUGCUAAACUAGUUCUGUAAAACACAAUCUUCUUCAGUGCCAGCACUGGAGCUUGUAGACCCCUCAGAACCAUUCCAUAUGCUUUCAGGACAUCUUCUUCACAAAGCUCUGCUUUGAUCAGUUGUGAGGCAGCUCAAGUUCUUUACAGGCUGCCUUUUGCAUGUGAUUGUUUCCCCCUACAGUAGUGAUGAAGUCAUGAUGGAAUUGGGAAUUUCUUCCAAUACGUCUGCAGCUAAGUCUUUGCCAAUGGCCCGUUAUGAUAGUGUAAAAUGGGAAGGGAAAACAAACCUUUUGCUACUUUCUGUGAAAGAGAAUGCAAGCUUGUUAGAGGCUUUGCUUGACAAUGCUACUCAAACAGCCUCUGCAGCUGUUUUCUGUUAACAUGCUGACCCUGCGCUCUAUUAUUAGCCAGGCUCUGUUUAGGAAACGACCACAGAAGGGCAAUAAUAAGGUUGGUUAUUAAUAUGAAAUGGUUUACAUUUAAACACCAAUUUCCAUUCUAAGGAGCAUGUUACAGAUAUAACAAGUAUGUGAACUGAGAAUACCAGAAACAUUCAGUGAAAUAAAGAGGCAACCAUUUUGAUGGUGAUAAAGGAGAAAAAUGAAGGACUCUGCAAACAUUGUGAAGAAUCGGGUCUUGGCAUUAGGUGUUUUAAAGGCCAGGUGGGCAUAAAAAUUAAACUAGAUACUCAUACAUGAUUCAUGGUCAUUGUUAGCUAAUCAGCUAUGGAUCCUCUUGUUUUCUUCCAAGCCUGUUUCCCACCCCCUUCUUCAGCAGCUGGUAGUAAAUGACAGUGUUCAUUGUCCUCUUCUGUGCAAAAUUCCUCCUAAUUGUCCAGAUCCUGUCAGAUCCAAGAUUUGGGUAUCUGAUCUAAACUUAUUUGAUAGAUGCUGAUAUAAAGCGCCUUUUUUAGUUUUAUUUCCCUUUUGCUUUCAAACCCAUUCUACAGAUGGAUUGGACUGGAAUUCAGAGAGAAAUUGGCAAGAAAAGUUGGCGAGAAUAUUGUAGUGCUGUGGGGUUUGGGGACUUAUAGUUUAGGAAGCAAAUGUAUCCUUGAUGCUACAUAUGUUAAGCAGGAAAACAAUAAAUUUUAGAUUUUGCAGGGCAAGUUUUCAUAACUGCAACAAGACAUUGUGGGGAGGAACAGAGCAUCCUCAAUAACCCUUAUUGUGAAGUGAUUUUAUAGUCCAGUGACUUCAAAGAGCAGCCAGAGUAGAGAGUUGAAGUUAAAGCAGAAAGCUAUUUCAACAAUGACGCAAGGAACCUAGUGGAUCCAUAGUCAGAUGGUAACCUUGGGUUAAUCCCUUGUCAGCCCAUUUUCCAUGUCUUGUGCAUGGCUUGUCUGUUGAGUUGAAGACAUCAGAGAUGAUUCUUUUAGGUUAUUUAGAUUUCAAAUACUAUUCCUAUAUAGGUUGUUUGGGGUGGAUCUCCUGGAGUUCCUAUGCUUUUCUUCAAAUUUUCUUCUUGAAAAUACAAUUCAGUGUGUUUGCAUAGACAGAUGCAAACUUGCAAAAAGGGAACAGAGGCUGCUGUCCUGGUUAUUUGAGUGAGGAAUUUCACACUCAAUAUUGGUUUUAUACUGAACUGUCAUAGCAUCCUCUAAAGAAUCCUGGGAAUUGUGGUUUGUUGAAGAGGUUGCCAAUUAUGCUAGAGAUGCUUGGCCUCCCACUACAGUUCCCUGGAGGGCGGGAAUGGCUGUUAGACCAGUUUAAAUCUAUCAUGUAGAUAUGAACUUGAUUUUAAAAGUAUCAGUAGAUGUAUAUAGUGUGGAUAAAGAUAUGUGAAUAGUGUAAAUAAGUGAAUCUCUUCCAGUUCAACUCUUCUGGCAUGAACUCAGAACUGACUGGUGCUUGGUCAAAGAGCAGCACUGUGUAAGCUAUGGGAGUAAAAUUCUCACAAAGAGGAUUGGGUGUUCCUAUAUAAAAAGGUAGAUUAGUAGCUAAAGUAUUUUGAAGAUUUAUUUGAAAGGGAAGAGAGAGAAGCCAAAAGGUAGAGAGAACCUUGGAUCCAGUCUGCUGGGAAUAUAAAUCCACUAGACCCAGUAACUCAGAUAUUUCGGGAUAGAUGUUGAAGCUCAGAGGCAUAGCAUUCAGGUGCACCUGGAAGGAAAAGCUUAAAAGGUUCGCUCAAAUGUAUUAUUGUGCAAUCACACUGUGUUCCAGCAGGUGUCCCCACAUACAUUGGAUUAUGCUGGAUUUAUAUGGAUGCUUCUUGCUUGACUUCUCCGUGACUCUGCUUUUGCUUUUCAUCUAAGCAAAUCAACAAAAAAUGUUUCUAAACAUAAUCGUUAUGCACAUCUUUAAAGUGGUGUUUUGAGAGUCUACAUGAAAAACAGGAAAUUCUUUGGUCCCAUCACUGCACACUGUAUCCCAAGCCAAAAGCUUGGCAUUUCUCUAUGCAUGGGGAACCUAGUGCAUGUGUCAUGUUUUUGAUUUGAGAUAGUGAAGCUUUAUCUCUAGCUAAUGUACUGCAUUACAUUAGUUCUUUCUCCACUUAUAUGUGCUUCAUAGUACUUCACUAAGGCCUGAUUCUGAUUUCAUAAAAUUUCCAGAAUGAGUCCCACCCACCCCCGCCCUCCUGAACACUCUCAACCCACUAUCUGGACAGGCAUUUGCAGAUCUGAGGCAACAUGGCUUGCAAAUGUCCACACUGGGAAAGCCCAUUUGGUAAAAACAAAACAAUGAAAAAAUGUUUAAGCAUCUAAUUUAGAGUGACCCUUUCGGCAAGAGGUGAUAUAUUUUAGUGUGCAACCGAGAAAAUCCAUGGAGAGGGUAGCAUUGAUUUCAGCAUACUUUAGAACUCUUUAUUCUUUUCUCAGUGCCAGAUGCUAUGGAAGCCUCGCUAAAGACCUUUGUUCUAGCAUUUGCACAAUGAAAAAUCUUAUAAAGAUUAUCUGGAAAAAUGUAUAUUUUAGACAUAUAGAGAAUCCAAAAUAUAAAGAAACUAUUUUAAAAAAAGAUUUUUAAAAUUAUGUUCCCCAACUUAUAUUAAGUUGAAGUACUUUGGGUAAGAUUAAAAACAGUCUGAUAGGAAUGCAAAGUAGCAAAACAUUGUUGUUGUGUUCAUUCCCUAAAGCAGUCUGGGCUAUCCUCCAUUUCUUCUGCCCUUCUUGCAAGCAAACCCUAGCAAUGGGGUUAAAUCCCUCUUGCGAUAUGGCUAUUGCCUAGUCAAGUUACAUUCAGGUUUUCAUAUUGACGUUCCAAUGCCAUUGGAAUACCAGUGUCAAAAUAAGCUAUUAAAGUCCUCCCCAAAUUAUUGAUUUUGCAUUUUUCAGCUCAAAAUCUAUUAUAUGAACAUCAUAUAGGAUUAUUAAAACAGAUUUAAUAGUAGUGGAAUACCAAACAUUCCAUGAGGAAAGGGUGUCGAGUCUGUCUCUUGCCUUUGGACUGGGGCAGAGGACUUUCACCUCUUUCUGUUUGGUUGUAGGCUGCUUUGAAACACCUCAGCAAGAGAGGCAGGAUAUAAAUAUUUUAAAACAAAUAAUGAAACUGACAUGGAGAGAGGUGCUCAUUAUAAUUAACUACAUUUUUCAAAUUUCAGUAUUGGAUCUAAACACAUGUUCUCUUCUACAGAAAUAAUAGUAAUUCUGUGUUCUUUGUCUCCCAAGUGAGGCCUGUGAAAGAUGUUCUGGAUGGAAAUUAGCCUAACUAUUUUGGAUAUCUAGAAUUUGCAGAGAGUGAUGCUAGUCAUUUUACCUUGCCAGUAUUUUUAGAUCUGCUGAAUCUUAAGUACAUUGGAUGCUGUUAGCAGAGAAAUUCAAGACUGCUUCCAGUGUUUGAGUACUUAGUUACAAUUCCCUUCAUCAUGCCUGUCUAGUAGCAAUAAUAUUUGUUGCAGAAUAAGCAAGUGACUAUGGCUGCAAUCUAAUGCAUAGCAAAGUUAAAUAAGUCUCAUUGCAAUCAGUGGAACUUGUCUAUGCAUGUUUGUCCCACUGAGUUCAAUGGGAUUUACACCCAAAUAAAUCCAAGUGUGGACAGGAUUGCAGCCUUAAGCUUGCCUGGCUGUGUUAAGUGCAGUUGAAAUCUGACAAACAGGUUCUUUAGGUUCCUUUCCAAAAUUGGUCUACAUACCCAUACCCUGGUUUUCCAUCUCUCCUGAUAAUCUGAAUUCACUGUGUGUCUUCCAUGUCAGAGCAAGUCUUUGAGAACAGCACUCCCUUUUAUCCAAACAUUUACACUUAUCUCAGCCUAUAGAGGUAAAUGAAUUCAGAUUGUAUUCAUUUUCAUGAACUGAGAGCCAAAUGGAGAGCACAUGAUAUAGGGUUCUGCAAUCUGCAGAAGUAAUAGAUUUGGAUGGCAUUUCUAGCCAGCCACCAGCUCUCCUCCAAAGCAGAUGUUUCUUUUUCUUUUUAAAUGACAUUGACUAUCUGGUCUUUUUAUCCUGUACCUUUUACUAAACACUUUCUAAAUUUUUACAGUAAUAUGUGUCUUCUGCCAACAGUAAUGGCUUUGAACUUUGUAAUACUUUGCUGCGGAUUUUUGGCUGACCUUUAAAAAGUUAAUUAUACUGUUAAGCUCUGUGUGUGAAUAACAGCAGUGAACCCUUAUUCAUUGUGGAAAUUGUUAAUAAUGGCUUUUUUGUCCCAUGCAAUUAUAUGACUAAAACACUGCGGCUGAAGAGGUCAAUGCUUGUUAAGAUUUAAGGGCCAUGUUGUCAGUUCAGGUAUGUCUCCUAACUGUUUAUGUCAAUGGAGUUGCACUGAUUUAUCCCAGCUAAAGAUCUAGCCCUUAAAUGUUGGAGGUAUUUGCUAUACAUUUUUUUCUGUCUUAUGUACAAACAUUCCCAUAAACUUUGUAUUUUCCUCUCUUAGUGAGUUUGUAUUAUGCACUUGAAAAGCUUUGUCUCAUCUCAUGUAAAAUAAAAUGUACAGUCCAUUA